ACUGCGCUGUUGUGCGUCACGUCAUGCGUCAAAAAUCGGUGUGUUGUAAACAAAACAAGCAUUUUUACCGGUUGUGGUUUGCUGUCCAGCAAAAAGUGGUGUAAAAUUCAUGAAUUUAUAUUGAAAAAGGUGUUAAAAUGAGGAUAAGCGUGGACGGUUUGUUGGUGUACUUCCCGUACGAGUACAUCUACCCCGAGCAGUAUGCCUACAUGCUGGAGCUGAAACGGACUUUCGAUGCCAAGGGUCACUGCCUGCUGGAAAUGCCUUCGGGAACGGGCAAGACGACCACUCUGCUGUCGCUGAUUGUGGCCUACAUAAUGGAGAAUCCGCACAUCGUCCGGAAGCUUAUCUACUGUUCCCGUACGGUGCCGGAGAUCGAGAAGGUAAUUGCCGAGCUGAAGCAUCUGAUGAAUUACUACGAGAAGCAGACCGGGGUGAUGCCGAACAUUACCGGGUUGGUGCUGAGCUCCCGGAAGAACAUGUGCAUCCACUCGGAGGUCAGCAAGGAACGGGACGGGAAGAUUGUGGACGCCAAGUGCUAUGGGAUGACGGCGAGCUACGUGCGGGAGCGGGCGACCGCGGACGAUUCGGUUGCGGUUUGUCAGUACUACGAAGGAUUCCAGGCAGAGGGGAAGGAAAGCACGCUGCCGCCGGGGGUAUACUCGAUUGAUGAUCUAAAGGAGUUCGGUCGGGAGCGGAAUUGGUGUCCGUACUUUCUGUCCAGAUUUGCGAUCAACCAAGCGCACGUGGUCGUUUACAGUUAUCACUACUUGUUGGAUCCCAAAAUUGCUGAAGUUGUGUCCAAGGAAUUGGCUAGGGAAUCGGUCGUGGUUUGUGACGAGGCUCACAACAUUGAUAAUGUGUGCGUCGAUUCGAUGAGCGUGAAGAUCAAUCGCCGGUUGAUUGAGAAAAGUACGACCGGAGUUCACACGCUGGAGAAAUAUGUGGCAGAGAUGAAGGAAGACGACCGGAAACGACUGAACGACGAAUACCUUCGUUUGGUGCAAGGCCUGAAGGAUGCCUCAUUUGCCCGGGAGACCGACAUGGUCCUGGCGAACCCGGUGCUGCCCACCGAGAUCCUCAAAGAAGUCGUCCCGGGCAACAUACGCAAUGCAGAUCACUUCCUAAGCUUCCUGAAACGUUUCAUCGAGUACAUCAAAUCCCGAUUGCGAGUGCAACACGUGGUCCAGGAAAGUCCCGCCGGAUUCCUCAAGGACGUACAGCAAAAGGUCUGUAUCGAAAGGAAACCGUUGCGUUUCUGCGCCGAACGGUUAUCGUCGUUGCUUCGGACACUGGAAAUCACGGAUCUGACCGAAUUCGGUCCUCUGACGGUGAUCACUUCGUUUGCCACGCUCGUUUCCACCUAUACGAAGGGAUUUACGAUCAUCAUCGAACCGUUCGAUGACAAGACGCCCACGGUUUCCAAUCCGAUACUGCACCUUAGCUGUAUGGAUUCCUCGAUAGCGAUGAAACCGAUUUUCCAGCGCUUCCAGAGUGUGGUGAUUACAUCGGGAACGCUAUCACCCAUGGAUAUGUACCCGAAGAUCUUGGACUUCGAACCGGUGGUGAUGAGUUCCUUCACGAUGACGCUGGCUCGGCCGUGUCUGCUUCCGAUGAUCGUCUCUCGAGGAAACGACCAGGUGGCCAUCUCGUCCAAGUUCGAAACCCGUGAGGAUACGGCCGUUACACGAAACUACGGUCAGCUGCUGGUGGAAACGGCCAAAACCGUCCCGGAUGGAAUCGUGUGCUUCUUCACGUCCUACCUCUAUCUGGAAUCGGUGGUGGCUUCCUGGUACGAUCAGGGCAUCAUCGACACACUGCUCCGGUACAAGUUACUUUUCAUUGAAACUCAGGACAAUGCGGAGACUUCGUACGCGCUGAUGAACUACGUCAAGGCGUGCGAGUGCGGUCGGGGAGCUGUGCUACUGGCCGUCGCUCGAGGUCGCGUCUCGGAGGGUGUCGAUUUCGACCACCAUUUGGGACGGGCGGUGCUGAUGUUCGGUAUUCCCUAUGUGUACACCCAGUCUCGGAUCCUGAAGGCUCGGUUGGACUAUCUGCGGGAUCAAUUCCAGAUCAGGGAGAACGACUUUCUGACGUUCGACGCCUUGCGACAUGCCGCGCAGUGCGUGGGUCGUGCCAUUCGAGGUAAAACCGAUUACGGUAUUAUGAUAUUCGCUGACAAGCGCUUCGGUCGACAAGAUAAGCGUGGUAAACUGCCCAAAUGGAUUCAGGAGCAUCUCACCGACAAUCUUACCAAUCUUAGUACGGAGGAAGCGAUGCAGCUCGCCAAACGAUGGCUCCGGCAGAUGGCCCAACCGUUCACUCGCGAGGACCAGUUGGGUGUUUCGCUGCUCACACUUGAACAGCUGCAAAGCAUGGAGAAGGAUAAACUGGAAAAACAAGCCCAAGGCAAAAAAUAAUUUUCUUUUUAUUGAAUAAAAAGUUUUUCCAUUGUUUCUCAGA